AUGAGGGUGGUCGCGCUGGGUGAUCUUUGGACCCCGGUCAUGGUCGACGGGGGCGUCUGCUUCCUGGCCCGGAUCGUGCGGAUCACCGGCCCGGCCUCCACUGCGGUGCGAGGGGACUCGUCGUGGCCCUACAGGGACGCACAGGGGGACCGGGAGCAGGGACAACCGGGACCACCGGGACACCGGGAGCACCGAGGAGACUCUUCUGUCGCCGGAGCGGCACGAGGCGAGGCGAGUUCGUUCAUAAGAGGGUUCGUCUCAGUGGAGUCCAAGAGGGGCGCAGAUGAGGACACUGCAAUCAGACGGAGCAUCGUCAGGCUGUCAGUGGUCCGUCCGGAAUGUGUGCACUGCGCUGCGUGGAUCUGUUCUGAGUGGAAAGGCGUGGAUAGGAAAGAACACAACAACACGAUAAGGUUCUGGCUCAUUCAGCCAAAUAAUAAGCAGCCGAUAACGGCCCUUGCUGCUGAGCAGGCGGUGAACAGCCGCCUGAGAGGGGUCCUCGUACCAGGGGGGCUGGAGUCUCACUCCCACAGCACGGGGAACGUGAGGCUCCAGCGCGGAGACAAAUCUACGAGUCCCUCCUCCUCCGUGAUGGUGUUCCAGGACGCCGCCACCCGCACCAACCCCCCGCGCCCCGCCCGUCACCGACCCGCGGGGGGCCCGGGCACCGUCAGGCCCCCCGGCGGCGGCGGCGGCACCACCACCACCGUCGCCGCCGGUAACGGCAACGCCCGGGUCACCGCGAGGACGACGACCGCCACCGCCACCGUCACCAGGACCACGGGCGCGGCCCAGCCCCUCACGCCGGCGCAGGCCUUCGUGCCCGAGGGCGCCAGCCGCUCGCCGGCCUCCUCCCGCCUGCCCGCCGUCCGGGUGGAGAACUGCGUCGCCAUGGUGAUGGCGGACGUGUCCUGGCCCCGCACCACCCAGGGCCUGGCGGCCCGGAUGCCCUGCCCCCCGGGGACUCUGGGGGUGGCCACGUACACGUGUGUGGGGCCCGAGGGCUACUGGGACCCCCAGGGGCCCGACCUCAGCAACUGCACCUCCCCCUGGGUCAACAUCAUCAGCCAGAAGAUCAAAGCAGGCGAGACGGCGGCGGCCAUCGCCCGCGAGCUGGCGGAGCAGACCAAGAGCAACCUCCAGGCGGGGGACAUCACGUCCACUGUGCGCCACAUGGUGCAGCUGGUGGACCUGCUGGACGUGCAGCUGAGGAACCUCACGCCCGGCGGCAAGGACAGCGCCGCGCGCAGCCUCAACAAGCUCCAGAAAAGGGAACGCUCCUGCAGGUUUUAUGUACAGGCCAUGGUGGAGACGGUGAACAACCUGCUCCAGACCACAGCCCAGGCAGCCUGGAGGGGGCUCAGCACCGGGGCACAGCUGAGGGCAGCCACCACGCUGCUGGACACGGUGGAGCAGGGCGCCUUCGUCCUGGCCGACAACCUGCUGAAGACCGACAUCGUGCAGGAGAACACCGACAACAUCCAGCUGGAGGUGGCCAGGAUGAGCACCGACGGCACCCUGCCCGACCUGAGGUUCCCCCAGUCGGGCGGCCAGGGCAACUCCAUCCACCUGUCGGCCAACACCCUUAAACAGCACGGCCGGAACGGCGAGAUCCGCAUCGCCUUCGUGCUGUACAAGCACAUCGGCGCCUACCUGUCGACGGAGAACGCCAGCGUGAAGCUGGGCCACGAGGCCAUGGCCACCAACCACUCGGUGAUCGUCAACUCGCCGGUCAUCACGGCCGCCAUCAACAAGGACGCCAACAAGGUGUACCUGUCGGAGCCCGUCAUCUUCACCAUGAGGCACCUGCAGCAAUCAGAGGAGAACUUCAACCCCAACUGCUCCUUCUGGAGCUACUCGAAGCGCUCCAUGACGGGGGUGUGGUCCACGCAGGACUGCCGCCUGCUGGCCACCAACCGCACGCACACCACAUGCUCCUGCACCCACCUCACCAACUUCGCCGUGCUCAUGGCCCACGUCGAGGUCAAGGUAGGUCCCCCUGACCUUGGUUACCUCCUUCAAGGGCGUUUCGUGUGCUUCUUGGUCGGCACUGGCGCGUCGCGUAAUGUCAAGGUUGACACGAUUUGGUUUUGUUGUUCGCCUUUUUCCUUUUGCUCAAAACUUGGAGGCCGCAUGUGUUUACUCACCCUCAACGUGAUCUUCCUGGGCAUCGCGCUCUACAAGAUGUUCCACCACACGGCCAUCCUGAAGCCGGACUCGGGUUGCCUGGACAACAUCAACCUGGGGUCCCUGGGUCCUCAAAACCCCAACGAGAAGCCCGCUCUUCCUAUUGUCGCCUCCCCGAAUCCACAAGACCCCCGGUACUGUGUCAUGACGGUUCCUCCUCGCUCUUUCUCCUCGCGGUUCGCCGCACAGGUCCUGGUGAUCGGGGCCAUCGCGCUGCUGUGUCUGCUGGGCCUGACCUGGGCCUUCGGCCUGAUGUACGUCAACGAGAGCACGCUGGUCAUGGCCUACCUCUUCACCAUCUUCAACUCCCUGCAGGGCAUGUUCAUCUUCAUCUUCCACUGCGUGCUGCAGAAGAAGGUGCGUAAGGAGUACGGGAAGUGUUUGCGGACCCACUGCUGUAGCGGGAAGAGCGUGGAGAGUUCCAUCGGCUCGGCGAAGAGCGGUGCCGUGCGCCCCCCCGGACGCUACACCACCGGGUCGCAGAGCCGGAUCCGGCGCAUGUGGAACGACACGGUGAGGAAACAGUCCGAGUCGUCCUUCAUCACCGGGGACAUCAACAGCUCGGCGUCACUCAACAGAGAGCCCUACAGAGAGACAAAGGGGAUCCUGAACAAUGCCCGGGAUACAAGUGUCAUGGAUACUCUACCACUGAAUGGUAACCACGGCAACAGCUACAGCAUCGCCAGCGCCGAGUACAUGAGUGACUGCGUGCAGAUUAUCGACCGGGGCUUCAACCACAAGGAGACCACGCUGGAGAAGAAGAUCCUGAAGGAGCUCACGUCCAACUACAUCCCCUCCUACCUCAACAACACCCACGACCGCUCGGCCGAGCAGAACCGCAACCUAAUGAACAAGCUGGUAAACAGCGUGAGCAACGGCGGCAAGGACAGCGGCUACGGCAUGGGCCUGGGCAUGGGCAUGGCCAUGAACAUGGCCCUGGGCCUGGACGACCACCACCACGCCACCUUCGGCCCGCACCGCGACGAGGGCCUGGGGCUGGAGCUCAUCCGCGAGGAGUCCGUCGUGCCCCUGCUGCCCCAGCGGCCGCCGCUGAUGCUGCCGCCGCCCCUGCAGCCCUCGGAGAGCCUCCACAACCAUUUGCACCCGUCUGCUCCGCCCCCACCCCUCCCCCUGUCCCACCACCCCUUCCUCGCGCCCGGCGCCACCUCCUCGUCACGGCGGCGGAUCCCGCAGGAGAACAGCGACAGCUUCUUCCCGCUGCUCGCCAACGAAGACGCCCGGGAGGAGGUCUGCUCCCCGGCCAUGCCCGGCCACGCCCACCACACCCACAACCACCCCCACCACCACCACAACCACCAGAGGGACUCCCUGUACACCAGCAUGCCCGUACUCGCCGGCCUGGCGGACGCGGCAGCGUCGGCGGCGGCAGCAUCCGCGGCCUCCGCCGACGGCCCCAAGGACGCCGGGGACUCAAAGAGCCAGGAGGCGGGCUCGGACGACGUCUACUACAAGAGCAUGCCCAACCUUGGCUCACGCAACCACCUGCACCAGCUGCACUCCUACUACCAGCUGGGGCGGGGCAGCAGCGAGGGCUUCAUCGUGUCCCCCAACAAGGAAGAUCUGGCCCCCGGGGAGCCCGAGAGGGAGCCCUCGCACCUGGUCACCAGCCUAUAGACGGCGGAGUACCCCACGGAUCCCUUCUAGGUCCCCUCAUGCUGCCCUCCCUUCCCCUAUUGCUGUGGUUCUCCUCUCUCCUGUCACUCUCUCUCUCCCUCCCUCCCUCCCUCCCUCCUUCCCAGUGUGCCCAUUGUGCAGAUCUCUGGCCGGCAACUCUAGCCCUCUCUUUUUAUUCUGUGUUUCCGAAGACUGAGGCGCAGGAUGCUAACUCUGGUCCUGUUGCUAAUAGUGACCCCAAAACGGGGUGUUUGGAACUAGGCCUGUUUUGGUGGGCUCAUGGGACCGGGCCGCGGUCGGACCACCGCGGGAUUCUCUCGAUGUUGUCUUUCUCUUUUGUGAGAGGCUCUAACCCUGCGUCUGACCUUUGUGUUUUGUCUGGGUGUGACGACAGAUGAGGACUCAUGCAAAAAGUUUUUUUUUUUGUAGGACUUGGAGAUACAGUGAGAGAGUCCAAAGGAACUUCAAAUGGCCCGAAAAACCAUUAAAAAAAUGGGAGAUUUAGAGAAAAGACUAUUUUAUUAUUCUUCUGUAUCCAUUUUUGGCUUUUUGACAGAUUUCCUUCGCUUUAGUUGCAGCACAUCUUCGGUUGAGAGUCCGGGAAAAUUAAAAAAUAAAAACGGAUUUUAAACAAAGAUGAAGGAAUCACCGAAUGUAUGCUUUGGAGCAUAGAUAUUGUUUUUUUGUUUUGUUUUUUAGAUUCCUUUCACUGUAAUAACAGUUGUUGAAAAGAGGGAGGAAAAACUAAUAAGAGAAUUAUGAGAUAUUUCUAUGUAAUUGUACAGAUACUAGCAUUGCACAUAAAAGUAUGCUUUUUGUUCCACCCAAACCCUUUUGUCUUUGUAAAUGUAGUGGAUACGAACAGUUUGGUUGUGCUGGCCCUUUUGAUUUCUGAUACCAGUCGUUUUCUGUAUUUUAACUUUUAAUUUGUAUUUUGUAUUUUUAUGAAACAUUUCAAAGAACCCAUCAACAAGUAACAAAACAAAUUCAACUCGUACGAAUACACGCAUAAACCUUUAUGCGUGUCAUAUGACCCAUCUUUCACACUUAUGUUUAAUUUUGUUUGUUUGUUUUGGGGUUGUGGUUUUUACUGUAUAGAAAGAACUUUGAUUCAGUGACUCUCAAGAGUGCAGAAUUAGUCCUAAAUGUCCAUGACGUUAUUAGAGAGAUAUCUUGAUAGCAGACCGGUGCUCUGCCAUCCUGCAGUCAUUUUGUUGUUGAGGAGAGGCUCAAUAGAAAGAUUGAGUUACAACUUUAUUCGAAUAAUGUUCAGCACCAGGCACUUGUAUAAAAAAAGACAAUUGUUUUACUGAUUAAACAAAAUUAUUUUUGAGUGAAAAAGUAACUGCAAAAGUCUGUUGUUUUUUCUUAAUCCUCGAGGGGCAAAUAUUUAUUUGUUAAAACAAUACUAAGGCAAAAAUGAGGUCCAUAAAAUUAGUGGCAGGUAUAUUUUUUCAUUGUUGGCGAACAUUGUGAUACGUUGUUCUUUUAUUUAUUCCUUUUUGUAUUGGUUUCCACUUUCAAUGAUCCCAUAACUAAUAUUUGUUGUAACAGUGAAACUUGUUUGGUUUUUUUCAACAAAGAUUAAAAGAUUAUUCACGAAAAAUGUCACACACUUGUAAGAAUUAUACCAAUGGCAUUGGGAUAAGAAACAAUGGAUUAGAUUAUUGAUUAAUUAAUUGUUAUUACUCCUAUUAGCAUUACGUUCAGUGUGUUGCCAAACCCCCAGCGAUCAUUACACAGGAACUAAUAAUGUACUCCUUAAGCUUGUCCAGCUUUCAUAAACAAACUGUAAUAAACGUUUCAAUACCA